AUGUCCACAGCUUCGCACCCUGGAAUUCUCCACGAAUAUGCCCCUAGCCUGGUAACCUUCGAGUUCACGUCCCCGGGAAGACCACAAGGCAAACCGAACAGCUUGAUCUUCGUGGGCGGAUUAACGGAUGGCCUGAAAACCGUGCCAUACGUGGCCAAUCUUGCGAAAGCUCUUGAACCAACAGAGUGGUCCGUGUUCAAUACUCUGCUGUCAUCGUCAUAUAUUGGGUUCGGGCUGAGCAGUCUCGACCAAGAUGUGGAACAAAUCGGACAGGGUGGUAAAGUGGUCAUCAUGGGUCACUCCACUGGUAGCCAGGACGUACUUCAUUAUAUUUAUGCCCAGAACCCGUUCCCCAGAGAUCCCGCUUUCGAUGUCGGCCUCAAGUUCCUCACACGACCGCCAGUGGACGGCGCCAUAUUACAAGCCCCGGUCUCGGAUCGGGAAGCUGUGGCCCAUCUCAUCAAAAUGGCAGAUAAGCCCAACGAGGCCCGUGGCGCUUACGAGCAACUCGUCAGCGCUGCGAAGAGGCAACCCUGGACAGACGAUAAGAAGGACUGUAUUCUUCCAUUGAAGCUCACUUCACAGCUAGGCCUUCCGGGACAUGCGCCCAUCAGCGCCCGUCGAUUCCUCAGUCUUCUUAGUCCAGACAGCCCCGAACAUCCAGAGCAAGAUGAUUUAUUUAGCUCCGACUUGACGGACAAGCGCCACAAAGAAACAUUUGGCCAGAUUGCAGCGCGUGGGCUCUUGCGAUCUAAGCUUCUGGUGCUGUACUCCGGCAGCGAUGAAUAUUGCCCGCCUUCGGUGGACAAAACUCGCCUGCUGGAGAGGUGGAAGCAGGCGACGGAAGAUGGAGGCGCUUCUUGGGAUGAGAACAGUGGGAUUGUCCCGGGUGCUACACAUAAUGCUAGGGAUGAGGGACAAGAAGACCUCAUCGGCCGUGUUGUGCGCUAUCUUCAAGGCAUCUGA